CAUGCUGUGAGUUUUGCGUUAAGUGCACUUAUUUGUUAUUCUCGUUCUUAUGAAGGAAAUCCAGUUAGUGCUUAUACUUGUCACCGGUGUCAGUCUGGUAAUUGUUUCUGCCUCUGAGCAGCAGAUCUCGUAAUUUGCCAGUUGAUCUGUUCAUCAUAUGUUGUGGGUCACAGUUUGGAUACCAGCGCAGGACUUUAUACAUUUCAUCGGGAAAACCUGAUUUUUUUUUUUUUAAUCUUUGCAAAUUAGGCUACACACAUUUUUUUUUUUCUGUGAGGCCCUUCCAUUCCAGCAACAUGAGGCUCAUACCAUCACGAUUGAGUUAUCUAUUCCUUCACCUCUUUGCGUUUUGCUACUAUGCUCAGGUAACCAUUCAGUCCCCGCCUAAUUUUACACAGCAUGUGAGUGAUCAAAGUAAGGUGACGGACCGCGUCAGCCGUAGACUAAUCCGGACCUACCAGCUUUACAGUCGAACCAGCGGCAAGCACGUGCAAGUUCUGGCCAACAAGAAAAUCAACGCAAUGGCCGAGGAUGGUGACGCUCAUGCCAAACUCAUAGUGGAGACGGACACUUUUGGGAGUCGAGUUCGAAUUAAAGGAGCUGAAACGGGAUUCUACAUCUGUAUGAGCAGAAGAGGGAAACUGAUUGGCAAGAGAAACGGUCAGGGGAAAGACUGCAUUUUCACAGAGAUAGUCCUGGAGAACAACUACACAGCUCUGCAGAAUGUGAAGUAUGAAGGCUGGUACAUGGCCUUCACACGCAAAGGCAGACCCCGCAAGGGCUCCAAAACCAGACAACACCAGCGGGAAGUCCACUUCAUGAAGAGGCUGCCCAAGGGACACCAAAUCGCAGAGCACAGACCCUUUGAUUUCAUCAACUACCCUUUCAACAGACGGACUAAACGCACCCGGACAACUCAGGAGAGCGUUGAAGAGUGAAG